AUGGUUCGUGAUGUGACCGUGUCCCUGUCCUGUAUAGAUCCAACUUUCGAUGAAAGCAUUUCGCACAAUGUCGACGCUUUAGUGUCAGAUAGUGUACCGGAUGACUUACCCAUGAACUAUGGCGAGAUAUCGCGAGAUGUGUCCCGGUCGAAUACUCCCGCUUUCCCACCUGGUCUACCAAAUCCUCAUGGGCAUCCUCCUCCAGCAAUCCGGGAAGAUCCAAUCGGAAAACCUUCUAAGGCACUUCCAAUGGUUUCGCCAUUCACGCCAUCGAGACAGUCUAGCAUGUCACACCCUCUUCGUGUUGCUACCCCCCUUGCCAUGUCAUUGCCUUCAACGCCUUCUCCAGUAAAAUCAAGAAUUUCGCCCGUCCCUGUUUCUGAAGCACCAGCACCUCAAUCGCAAGCAAAACAAGAAAUCAAAAGCACUGCUACAACGUCUGGUAUUUCAAAAGAAAUCGUAGCUCAGUCUAGUACAGCCCCUGUAGCUCCUGCAACUCCUUUGCUCUCCGCGGCAGUUACUCCUGUAACACAGAGAAAUCUCUCUACCGAAGAGUAUCCAGCUCUUGGAGCACAGAAAGAAGUCAGACCUCCCACAUCCAGGAAAGUGUCAAAAGCUGUUACCUCGUCUUCCAAGGCGCCAUCUACACCCAAAAUCUCGAAUGCCCAAAAGAGUGCUAAAGCAGGCGAGAAGAAACCAACACCAGCUGUUUUGACUAUUCCCCCUUCCACAAAACUUGAUCCUAAGUUGUCGGGCGCUAUUGAGACGCAUGGUAAAAGCACUCCCUCGACAGCAGAAUUUCCUUCGUUGCCAGCAGCUAAAUCUAUUCCAUUGAGAACCAUCAAGGUCACGCAGACACCGAAGGCUGAGGUGAUUCCAACGGGAAGCCCUGCUCCAACUUCUGCCACAUCUGCAGCUCCAUACCCUGCACACCCUCCUGAUACCCCCAGUGAGCAAGAUAAUGCGUCAAUUAUGUCGGCGACAGCUUCGAGAGCUAGCUCUCCUGCUCCAUCUAGGAAUGGACAGCCGUUAACCCAAAAAAUCAACACGGCAAAAAGAAAUAAGAUUAAGGCACAGAAAAAGGAAACUGCUCUUGAAGCUCAAAUGGCAGCUGCAGCUGAAUCCAAGCGCACCGAGGGAGAACAACCUCCGGUUUUGGGCAGGAAGAUGAAGGUAAAGAAGGAGAAGACGAAGGCUAGCAGUGGCGUCAGUGGAUCUACACCGGCGCCUAGCAGACCAGUUUCGCCACCCCCUGUGAUUACUGCCCAAGAGGAGAUUAAAGCUGCGGAAUCUGUUACAUCGGAGAAGCCUGUUUCAUCGGGUAGCGAUAAAGCUGUCAGUAAGAGUGAGGCUAAGGGCAAAAGCAAGGCUAAGGCACAACAAGCUUCACCGCCACCCGAGCCACCACGAGCUCCUAUUGUUGAAGACGAGGAGCUUCCAGAGAAAUUCACACCUCCGACUCCAACACCAGCCAGCGUCGUUCAAGAACUUGAAGGUGAGGGAGCACUGAAUAUGUCGGAACACGUAUUUUUGAAAACACCCAUUGGUGUCAAUAAUGAGAAGAAGAGAGAGAAGGAUGCUGUUGUCCUAUUGGAAUCAAACCCGAAGCUCAAUAUAAGUCCAGAAGAGCGGGCUGAACUAAAUGCGGGAAAACCUGUUCACAAGAUAGCUUCAGGAUCAAUUCGAAUCAUGCUGACCCCCAAUGGUGACUGUGUUCGCAAUCUCACCGCCGAGGAAGAAGAGCGAUUCUUGGAGCUCCAAGCAAGACUUGCAGCCGAUGCUGGACCCACUGCGUUUAUCUCCGCAAAGCAUAAUGCAGGCACCGGAUUCAACCUGGUUGGCGGUCGAGCUGUUCCAAACGGGCUUCCUUCGUACUUUCCACAAACAACUGCUAGCAAUACUGCACCUUUGGAUGCGGUAAGCAAGAUCCAACGUGAUGAAGCUUUGAGCUAUAUCAAUCAAUACGUCUUACCAUCUCUCUCUAACAACGCCCAGUUAGAAAAAGCACUCAGUGCGAAUGCUCUGUCGGGUGACAUGUUACAAGGAAGCGAGUUGUCCGGCUGGGCACCUUUGAAUCCAAACUCUCCCGAAAAUCAAGAUUUCCCUUACGGCAGUUCACCUGGCGAUGGCAGUAACCUCGAUACGGGAAUCGCAAAUAUGACAGCGUCUCUUACAGGAGGGCGGGAUCUUCUUGAUCGCGGACCGACGUCUCAAAAUGUUCAGUUGCUGAAUGAAAAGGAAUCAGAAUCUGCAAUGCAGAUUGCAAAGAAAGAGACACAGGAGUUGGAGAAGAGACUGCUCGCUGUGUUGAAGAAGAAUAGGAAGAUAUUGCUAACAGGACAUUAA